GUCCUGAAAGGCCGCCUUCAGCCCCGACGGGGAGCCAGGCCCCUCUACUGCUCCUGGUCCAACUACGUCCACGUGUUCGAUUUGCAUGGAGAGGGCGACGCCCACACGGCGCUGGACUUCAGGCCCGAGGACCGGGCGCUUCGCCGUCUUCUCAUUGGCCGUGGGGCCGGAUGGGCGGGACGUGAUGGGCGGGGCCAACGACGGCUGCGUCUACGUCUACGACCGGCAGGCGCAGCGCAGGGUGGAGAGGGUCCCCGCCCACGAGGAUGACGUCAACGCCGUGGCGUUGGCCGACGCCUCGGGGCAGCUCCUCCUCUCCGGCGGCGACGACGCCGUGGGCCGGGCCUGGGACCGGCGCUGCCUGGCCGAGGGGCCGGCGGUCACUCUGGCCGGACACCGGGACGGGCUGACCUUCCUGCACGCCAGGGGGGACGGUCGCUACGUGGUGUCCAACUCCAAGGACCAGUCGGCCAAGCUGUGGGACCUGCGGCGUCCCUCGGGGCCGGCGGCGCUGGCGGCGGCGCGCCGGGCGGUGGCGCGGCAGAGCUGGGACUACCGGUGGCAGAGGGCGCCCCGGGCCGCCCGGAAGGCCACGCCCCUGCCCGGUGACGCGUCGCUGGUGACGUUCCGCGGCCACGCGGUGCUGCACACGCUGCUGCGCUGCCGCCUGGCGCCGCCCGGGCGCCCAGCGCUGGCGGCCGGCAGCGCCGACGGGAGCGUGCUGG